AUGGCGGACCCUCAGUACUCUCAGCAGCUUCUCAAUAUAGACGCCAAGCUGCAGAGCAUUUACGACGAGUGCGUUUGUGAAGUGAUUGGACGGCAUUCAGUAGACGCUAAUAAUGCUUUUUCUCCUGCAAUCCGGGAUGACUUAUAUCUCUUGCAUCAGAGGGUUCUCACCAAGCAAGCGACUGAAGAUGACAAUGCUCGGUACCGUCCGCUAUAUCUAGAAAUUUCCACAGCCUACACUCAUAAGCUAAGGCAGCUUAGCACUGUGGAUCCCGCACUGGCUCAGUAUUUACAGUAUCAACAGCUACAAGCGACUCAGCAAAUGGCUCAGCGCUCGCAGCAGGUCCAGCAGGUUCAUCAGCCUCCAGUUCAGCAGCAGACCCAACAACAAGUCCAGCAGCAAAGGAACGCGUCUGACAGGCUGUCCCAAACGUCAUAUAUGCUGGAAUUUGCAUAUCAGACCCAAGGGCAACAUACAAAGGACAUUCUGCGCACUCUCAGAGCAUAUUAUGACUCUUACGCGCAGCAAUCGCAUAUGCCCCAGGUUGUUGAGAGUGUAUUUGCGCAAAUGAAGCUUAUAUUUUGCUAUCUUUUUUGCAUGAUUAAGCUUUCUGGGGACUCUACAAAGGCUGCAGAGAUAGAGCAAGCAUAUUCGCUGCUCUGCCAAGAAAAGAGUAGAGCGGGAGCUCCCCUUUUCGCAUCGCCAGAACUGUAUAAGGAGUUAGAAGAAGAGACACAGAUGUUUUUGAAUAGCAAACAAGCUCAGGCUCAGCAGUAUUCGUAUUCUCAGGGCUCGUUUGCCUCAGAUGCCGCACAGCCACUUUCUAUCUUUCAGCCUGUCAAGGAGGAAGCGCUAUCAUAUGCACACUUUGGAUAUGUGCUUCUUCAUCCUGCCACGCAGAAGCAGCUGUACGAAGUGCUCAAAAUUCUCUGCGCACAACCGUCCGCAUCUCAGCAACAAUACCAAUCUGUAAAAGCUGCCCUUGUUAAGUAUCUCUACAUAUUUCCUCGGAAGACAAAGAAUUGCUGGUUAAAUCUCAAUGUAGACUUGUAUGCAAAGAUCUGUCCUUCUUCUCAAACCUUCCCGUCUGCAGGGCUGUACCAGGUACUUGAUUACUUGAAGGUACAGUGCUAUAGUCUUUUUCAAUGUAUAUAUGAAAUAUCCAGAUACAUAGUAACGGCGAUCCAGGUGAAGAGCUCAGGCCAAGACUUGUCACAAGCAGCAGCGAUCAUAAAUAAUUUUAGAAUCAAUAUGUUCUACGAUUUUAAGUAUAAUCUUUACCGACCACCAUAUUAUAACGAGCUCCCACAACCUGAUCCUCAUCUGAACGAGUAUUAUGCGGAGUUUGUCCAACCUACGGUAGAGUCUCUCCCUAAUAUAGAAUCGCAAAUCAGCCUUAUGACUCAGGGUCCUACAGGCGAUCCCGGGUUGCCCUUGCAUCAACCGCAAGCGCGAGCAGAAACCAAAGCGGAACCUCAAGGACUAGGUAAAGCAGAGCAACAGACCAGGCUACAAAGCGAAUUGCAGAACGACAGCCACAGAUCCUUCUUGAAUAAAUAUAGGGAACUGUGCAUACAGGUGUUUCAGGUGUCCAACAUCACAAAGCCCGCUCGCGAUUCUUACUCGAAGGUAAUAAAGGACUAUAACGUAGCAUACAACCACCUCCUCUCCUUUGGAAAUACCAACUCAGCUGAAAAGCAGAAUGCCGAAUUUGCGGCUAGAGCUCUUUAUAACAAGGCGCUAGCAAUUCAGGAAGACAUGCGGCAAAAGGAGCAGGCAUAUUACACGAGUCUGCAACAAUUAUCUGCAUACGAACAGUCAAUAAACGGGUCUGACGACCUUCGAGCUGAAAUGGAGCAGAUUAAACAGAGCGUCAUGGACAUGUACAUUAAUAAGGCCGCGUAUCAGAAGGCUCCUCCGCCGACUAUGCAACAACGGCAGCGUGCAUCUACAAGACAGCUGACCCGUUCGACCACACCAAGCAUAACCCCCUUACACUCACUCUCCUCGGAAGCAGUCAGCACAAUGGAAGAGAGCAGCGAGUCUUCGGAGGCAUCACCGGUCUUUGAUGACACUGAAGAUACACAAAACCAGGCCGUCUCCGAUGAACUCAGCGAUGUUCCUGACCACGACACAGACGUUGAGGAAGAAAAUUAUAUUGGAUGCGUACUCGAUUGCAAACGGAUACCCAUGACCUCUGCGUGGCUUUACACACCUUCCCUCCUAAUUAAGCCAGAUCCAGAUCCGUCAACGAUCGGCAAAUAUGACUUUUUGCGCCCUAAGGGGAUUCAGCGAUUGGGACGCAGUGAUGGAGGUAUAGCAACUGUACGGAUAGACUUUCUGUAUGAAGAUUUAGACAACGUCAACAAUGUGAUUGAGAUAUCUCCAGAAGAGGAAAAUAUAAAGCGCUCUGUAGAUUCAUCUUCUCGUAUGAGCAAAGGGGUUAGAGACCUAGAAAGAUCUGUAAUCAAAGAAUCGCCUCAGGGUGAAAAGCAAAGGACGGGCAUUACCAAGGUUCCUUCCAAGGACUCGUUAGAUGAUAAUAUUGUAAGCGUACAAAAUGCGUCACCCCUUACCGCUGAAAAAGCUGAUGUAGUAGACAACCAUAGUAUCAUUGCUGAUGCAGAAUUACUUACUGUAAAGGACAGUGACCAGAACGGAAGCCUCCCUCAAGGCGAGUAUCAAGACCCAGAGAGUAAGGAGAAGGAUGAUAAUCCCGAAAAACUGGACGAGGCGAAUGAACCUGACGGCCAAGAGGGCCAUGAAGACCUUACUGAGUCUAGUGAUACUGUUGUUACUCCUCGAACUGAAGAGCGGCGAGCAGCAGCAGAAAAUGAGCAUGUAUACAUUUUCCUUAUCAAGUGGCAGAGGAAGGCACAUUGCCAUGCAACGUGGGAGCUAGAGGACUAUCUUAUGCACUUAUCAUCGUACGUGAAGGUCAAGAACUACAAGAAGAAAUAUGAAAAGAUCCAGGGAUUCAUCUAUAACAAAGACACAGAUGACAUCUCUAAAGAGGAUGUCAAAGACAAAAUACGGUCACAGAAGCUACAGAUUCGAAGCUAUAUGAUUCCCGAGAAGAUAGUCGGCAUGCGCAUCGAUACAGAGUUGGCUACUCACUAUAAUGAGAAGCUUACAAAGAUAUUUAAUUAUAUGCGCACAGAUUCAGAGCUUAACUUGCGUUACUCGGAAGCUUUUGCAGGCGCAUUUACUCGAAAUGUAGGUGAUGGCAAGCUGCACUAUUAUCCUGAAUUCAAUAAUAGUGACUCCGAGCCUGUGGCUAUUACCGAGUUUAAUUUCAAUGACCCUGAUGUAUUCUGCAAUAGACAACUUGAUGAGGAUGGAUACCUGCCUUCUUAUCCCAUAGCUCAUUCCUCGGACGGGCAAGGGCUGCUGUCUGAAGCAUCACAGAGCUCAGCCAUCGACAAAAUAAGCGGAUAUAUCUAUCUUGUGAAGUGGCGGGACCUCCCAUAUUCCCAAGUAACAGAUGAGUAUUAUGAAGAUCUUUUAGCAAAUCCGUACAUAAGACACGAGUACCUUCACAAAUUAAUCAACGACUUUAAAGCGCGGUCAGAUGCAAUCAGUCAGACCCUUAGCAAGGAAUCCUCUAUUGGUUACGAUGCACGACCCAUUCUCUCUGGAGAUCCACAGUCAGAGGUUGAUGCUGUCAUCUGCUCUCCCCAUCCGUCCUUCUUGAUAGAUGUCUCUGAUAACCUGGUCUUGCGAGACCAUCAGAUUGAUGGCGUUAAGUUCCUCCUCAUAAGCUGGCUACAGAAGCGGAACGUUAUUUUAGCCGAUGAUCUAGGAGUAGGGAAAACGAUACAAACAAUCGCCUUUAUCUCAGCACUGCACAACCACUUUCAUGUUCCUGGUCCAUUUCUUAUUGUCGUUCCUAUUUCUACUCUUUCUGCAUGGCAAAUGGCUCUUUCCGAUUGGUGUCCGAAUAUGACCGUGGUGACUCUAAUAGGGACCAAGGAGGAUAGAGAGGUCAUCGUCACACAUGAAUUUUAUUUUAAGCCAGAGGGCGACCAAGCAGAGCUUCUUUCAGGCGACGCAGCAGAGCGGUCCAUACCGGAGAAGAUUCCUCGUUUUCAUAUCUUGCUGACGACUCCCCAGAUGGCUGUUAAGCACGAAGACGACUUAAUGUCCUUUCAGUGGCGUCUCCUGGCAAUUGAUGAAGCCCACAGCUUGAAGAACUCUGCAUCUAUUAGAACUACAACCUUUUCACGGUAUAAAACAGAUGCUAAGCUCCUUAUCACCGGGACACCAAUGCAAAACUCCAUCGAAGAGCUUUUCAACCUGCUUAAUUUUAUCGAGCCAGAGGUUUUCCCAAACAUAGAUGUCUUUGCUUGCAGAGAUGACAAGAGUGUUGAGCUAUUCAAGAACGCUCUUCAGUCCUGGGAAAAUACUAUCUCUACGUCAGCUCCAUCUCUUAACUCUUGCUCAGAAAUACUAAGUAGCCAACAGCGUGUUGAUACCAUAAGAAGCACUAUUCAGCCUUACAUUCUGCGUCGUGUAAAGUCGGUGGUCGAAAAGUGUAUUCCUCCUCGGAAAGAGUUGAUACUUCGUAUUCACAUGACCCCCUUGCAAAUUUCUUGUUCUGAAUGGCUAUUGGAGCAGAACUACGAAAUGCUGACUGCAAAAUCGUAUAAUUCAGUGAAGCUGCAGAAUCUACUGAUGCAGCUGAGAAAGGUUUGCAAUCAUCCUUACAUUAUCCAUGAUUUGAAACUCCACACAGCUAAUCUGAAAGAUAUAGUGGAUGGCAGCGGCAAGUUUCAAGUGUUGGACAAGCUUCUAGACAAGUUGAACAGCGAGGGCCACCGUGUAUUGAUUUUUUCUCAAUUAAUUAAGACGUUAGACAUCCUCGAGCGAUACUGCUUCUAUAAAAAGUAUAAGUUCCAGCGUCUUCAGGGAUCGAUGACAUCAGAGCAGAGGCGGCGUGCAAUUAACAACUUCAAUGAAAAGAACUCCAAGGAUUUCAUAUUUCUUCUAAGCACGCGUUCGGGUGGCCAGGGCAUCAAUCUAGCAACAGCAGACACUGUUAUUAUCUUUGAUGCUGACUAUAAUCCACACAAUGACCUCCAAGCGGCUGGUAGGGUCCAUAGGAUCGGCCAAUCAAAGCCAGUCACCAUUUACCGCCUAGUGACGCGUGACAGUGUUGAGGAGAGAAUCCUUGACAUAGGUCAUCGUAAACUGAUGCUGGACUACGCUAUCAUCCAGAAGAAGAAUGAGUCCAUUAAUCUUACCAUUAGCGAUCAACCGGCCUUUGGUAACAAAACCCCUAUAACAGGCGACAGCUCACAACGUAGUUCUGCUGACGAUCCUACCCGUGUAGACACCUCUGGAAGUCAAGCUCAGGCAGAGCUGUCUCUUCUAAAUAAAGGGACCUUGGCUGUGAACCAGCCGGUGGAGACCUUCUCGGUUAUUAACGAACAGGGUGAGGUUGUCGGCACAGACACGCUCUCCUCUGUUACAGUUACUAACCUAAAGUCAAUCACCCCUGCAGCCAACGAACAGGAGGAACAGAUUAUGCGGCACGUCGUUCGUUUUGGUGCUGAGCAACUGACAAAGAUGGAUCACAAUGCAGGUAGCCAACAGUCUUCAACCUCGCCAGAGACUAAUUUCUUAGACAUCGAGCAAAUCCUUUCCGGAGCAGAAGAAGUCAACUACGAAGAUCUGUCGCAGAACAAAUUCGGAAAACUUCCGGGAAAUAUCUUUCAGCUGUCGGACUUGUCUCCAGAUAAGUCUGUCAAAGAGAAUAAACACGAGAACGAUCAGGACUUCUGGCGUCGUAUUAAGGAUACUAUAGCAGCGAAUACUUCCAAUGAUGGGGCGCGUCAGAUCACUACGGGACCACUAGAGCAACUCCUAUCCCCUGGAAAGCCUGCAGUCAACCUUGUGCAGUUUUCGUUCCUCCAGACGCGAGAGAUAAUGAAGAUUGUAAAGCUUCUUCGGCGUUUUGGAACGACCACGAAUGCGCACAUACAACAGAUUUACUCUAUGGACAAGACAAUAGCUACAACCUUGGUUUCAGAUAUCAACCUCAAGCACUUCUGUGAUAGCAUCUUGGAGUUGUGUAAAAAGAGCUGCAUUAGAAGAAAUCAUGAUCCUCUUCAUAUAGCGAAGUCUGCCACAUCACCCAUUCCAUUCAUGGCAACAACUAUUAACCCAACGGAUCUAUGCAAGUCACACUACACGAUGCUCAUUUUGGAAUCUAUUGUAUUGGAUGACAAAUUUCUUUUCCCUGCAAGUCUUGCACCGCCAAAACCGUCCUGGGCCACCAUCUAUCCUUCCAUAAUUGAUACAAAGCUAUUGCUGUUGACGAUAAGUGACGGCUUUUUUAUUACAGAAAAUGACAUACCAUUAAUGAAUCUCGAGGAAGUAAUGAACACCCCCGGCCUUGAGGUACCUGAGGAUCCUCCUCGGGGCAGUAUUCUAAAGCGAAUCCAGCAGCUUAUGCGUCUCGUACUGCGCAUCCCUUCUCACUCUGCGUAUAGUGCAAUAGACACAGACAACGUCCGGAUCAGCCUCACUCCAGACCUCUCUGUCUAUGAUGAUCAGCACUUUCUUGAAUACUACCAGAAGGCCCAGGGACUCUCCAGCGAUAAAGAGCAACUAAGGGCUGAGAUCUCUCGGCUUGUAGAAAGUAUCUCGCAGGUCCGUGGAAUGAAUAUGGUUCAAGCUGAAGAGCUCGACGACUUUAACGAUUAUACAACUGUCAAUACAACUCUCCGGCGCAGUAAAAACUAUAUUCCCCAGGAUAUUAUUUCAGAGCUAGGUGUCGAAACAGCCAUGUCUAUGUCAAAGACAGCACUGCACAACUACUUAGAGAGGCAAGCUCAAAAUAAAAGCCUCCUAAACACAUGCUUCAAGGUUCCAAAUCAACAGCGCUCUUUCAGAACAUGCCUGAACAUCAUUAAGAAGCACGUUACUUCAGAAAGGAGAAAGCGCAUGACAAUCCUCUUGCGAGACGUACUCAUAGCACUUGGAAAUGAUCGGAAGUAUCUCUUAGGCGUUAAGGUCCCGAUAGCAAGUUCUAUUCUACUAAAUGAUAAAUACGUUCACAAAUUAGACUCGCUGUUAGCGGAGAAGGAAGGCGCAUACAACAGCACUAACGCUGCCAGUACACUAACUAAAUGUGUCACCAUUCCAAGAAUAAAUCUUGAGAAGUUCAGGCCCAUUGCAACUCUCACACAAGUCGAGCUUGCCGAGGCACAUACCGCAGAGGCAAAGAUAUCCACAUAUGCUCAGAACGUCAAUCCAUCAACCCUCCACUUUUACAUUGACAACAUUCUUGCAGAGAUAAUAGCCACGCAAAAGUACAAGGUUACCUACCUGAAUACUCUCAAAGCGGAUUUUCUGGCAGUCAGUACUUCUAUCUUGAAUACCAUUGCCUCUCGGAGCUGGGACAUAAUGCUACACUGUUACGAGUACCUCCACGAUAACAAGACAUAUUACACCAAUAUCUACCCUAGUGAAGAGGACGCCCUCUAUAUCUUGAUGCGAGAGUUUGAAGCAGAUCUAGCCAACUUUCUUCUCAAGUAUGUCAUCUCUAUCAUCUUUCCGAGUCAACAAGAACCCGCAUGUAUUCUCUGGUACAUCUGUCAAUACUUUCUAAUGGAUGCACAGCACGUAAGCCAUGACGACUCUGGAUUUAAGAUCUCCACUACUACUUGGAAAAUAACAGAGUCUUCUGAUACUACGAUGUAUAGCUCAAUGUCGUCUUUAUCCUUUACGGCUGAAGUGCAGAUCUCUUUUUCUGAGGAAAAGGAGUUGGAGUAUAAGCAAUAUCUGAUAGAUAGCAAGGCAGAGCUUGCCCGUAGUGUGUCUAAGCAAGAACUGGACAAUGCCAGCUAUUUAGCUGCAGAGUCCUCUAAUGAUAGUUCUCCGGAUGAAGACCUGUCUGUCGCUUCUACCUCUAACAAUGAUAGGCACUCUUAG